UCGAACAAGACGCGUACUAAUAAAGAACACCUCUUUCGUGAGGCGGGUGCGUUAUAGUGCUCCAUAAUAGCAGUAGACAAGUAGAGAAAAAAGUUCCUCUGUGGACUGAUGUAAGUGAAUUGAGCAAUUAUCUACUUUACCUUCUCCUCUUGGAGGUAACGAUUGGCGAGGUCUGGGCUGGGUUAUUGACACAACACUUUUAUUGAGCAGUCGUGGUAGACAUAAGUGCUGAUUGUCCGGAGUCAACGUAACGCAAAGCCAACGGCGAGGGGCUGGCGUCGACCCAGACUACCUUGGACGAUGUCCUUUCUUGCAGGUCAGUGAGAUGUUUUAAAGGUAUCUACAAAAGGAACAGCCACGCCAGAUUACAAAGUGUUGUUUCUCGUCAUGGACAGUGUGCUCUACCACUCAGCGGGAAUUUUCGGCUCACCCUCUGCUUCGGGAAACUUAGCUGCUGGAGAAAACAUGAUAGCCUCCACCAAGCCUCUCGCUUUUUCGAUCGAAAGGAUUAUGGCCAGGACACCGGAACCAAAGUCAAUACCUUUUCCCAACUUGCUCCAAGCGCCAGCAACGAAAGCGGACCCAAAGCAAGCGAUCCACGUGAGCUCCGCAUCCUCGCUACACUGCAUGAUACCGUUUAUGCCACUGACAUACGAGACGGGUCACAAACUGAACGUAGGUGGAUCAGAACCGAGCCACUUUGACGUCUCCUAUAAUUCGAAUGAUUUGGUGAGUAUUGGUUUGAAUUAUAAAAGCGAAUUGCAAGAUAUGCGCCAAUCGGUGGGACAAUACAAACUUUUCAGACCUCGGGUGGUAAACCAGUCCUCAUUUCAAGCGAUGGGAACGGUCUGCUACCUGAACUGCGGGGAAGCGCCCUGCCCACCGCCAGCGAGUUUCCUCAACAUACACCCCGUGGCUUCAUACUUUCUGAACUCACCACUGCAUGCGCGACAGAAAGCCCUCCUUUCUGAGAAAAACAAAAUUGGCCACAGCGUGGAAAGGUGUCCGUCCAGCGUUGCUUUCAAAGACUUGUCCCAAACUCACAUACAACACUACAUGAAGGAGAGCGCGCAGAUACUCUCGGAGAAACUGUUCAAGAACUCUUCCAAGCUGGGCAGUGCGUCUCCAGGAACCAAGCCCAAGGUUUUCACGUGCGAAGUUUGUGGAAAGGUGUUUAAUGCCCAUUAUAAUUUAACACGUCACAUGCCGGUGCACACUGGGGCAAGACCUUUCGUCUGUAAAGUUUGCGGCAAAGGAUUCCGCCAAGCAAGCACACUUUGUCGCCACAAAAUUAUCCAUACACAGGAAAAACCCCACAAAUGUAACCAAUGCGGAAAAGCCUUCAACCGGAGUUCGACUCUCAACACCCACACAAGGAUUCACGCGGGAUACAAACCAUUCGUGUGCGAAUUUUGCGGCAAGGGAUUCCACCAGAAAGGCAACUACAAGAACCACAAAUUGACGCACAGCGGAGAGAAACAGUUCAAGUGCAGUAUCUGCAACAAGGCCUUCCACCAAGUAUACAAUCUGACCUUCCACAUGCACACGCACAACGACAAGAAACCUUUCACGUGCCCGACCUGCGGAAAGGGAUUCUGCCGGAACUUUGACCUGAAAAAACACAUCAGAAAACUGCACGACAUUUCUCCGGGAUCUCAGUCACCUUCGAGUCUUCUUAAUGCGAAAGGAGAAGGCCACUAGGUUGGGCGAGGUUGGUUCCCCUGCCAUCUGAGACGAGUUUUUUCUCCAAUGGAAGUACGUGCUCCCGCAUGCGACCUCUGCCUGUGCGCCGUGAUUUUGUGGACUAAAGCUCCUGUUAAAAAUAAAUCAUAUAUAAAAAAAGACAACAAAAAAGAAAACCUUGGAACCCUUCACGCCAAUCUUCAUAAUCCCAGUUAAUUUUUGUUUUUAUCUCAGGAUUAAAAAUGAUAAAAAAAUAACGCUUUUAUAUUUAUUUUAAAUGCCAUUGCUAUAAUAAUUUAAGAGAAUAAUUAAAGCAUAUGAAUAUAUAGAAGAUUAAUUGUUGUGAUGAGUGUGGUACACUGCCCAACUUGAUUUCGUGAUUAUUUAUAUUAUCUUUUUUUUAAAUUACACUUAUUUGGCAAUUGUUGACUUUUUUGUUAUUAAUGUGAAUAUAUGCAUUUAAGUUUUACUGCCAAUUAUUAUUUGAAAGUAUCAACAUAAAAAUCAAACAAUAAUUGAUUUAAAAAAGCUGUUGUGUUCAAGAAAAUUGAAAAUAAUAAAAGGUUGAUGGUA